AACAACGGGGGUGGCGGAUAUUCAGUGGCGCCGGGACAGGUCGCGUUGUAAUGGGGGCGAGAGUGACAGACGCCAGCCCCUGGCCCAAAAGGGACAGAGCCCUCCCUUCUCGGACUGCCUCCUUCCCUCGGCCCGGGCUGCAGACCCACGGAGAGCCGAGCCGCCGCUCGCCUGCUUUGCAGCUCCGCAGACUUUCUACCUCGAGGCGAGAGGUUGUGCGCCCCCUUGGCAAAAAUCCUGGGCACUCCCCCCCCCGCUCCACUUCUCUGCCAAGUUGUUUUAUUUGGACUGAGCAGAGGGAAAAUGAGCCUCUCCUGGUCUUCUGAAGUUAAUCUCUGCCGCCUGCAAGUGGAGAAAAGCCCAGGCAGCCAAGAUGCCCCAUGGUAAGCAGACCCGAGUUCUCCUCCUCAACGACAUGGAGAAGCUGGACAAGACCCUAUUCCGGCUUGAGCAAGGUUUUGAGCUUCAGUUCCGACUGGGCCCUACCUUACAAGGCAAGCAUGUUACAGUAUAUACUAACUACCCGGCUCCUGGAGAAACAUUUGACCGUCACAAGUUCAGAUGCCUCUCUUGGCACAACCCAACAGGAAGAGAAGACGAUUCUGACAAAUACUGUAAACUAGAUCUUGAGAUUUCUGGGUCAUACCAGUAUUACUUCUGCCAAGAAGAUCAGAGAAGUGGUGGAGGUUACAUAGUUGUGGAUCCUAUUUUGCGCGUUGGUGCUGACAAUCAUGAAUUGCCCUUGGAUUGUGUUACACUCCAGACAUAUCUGGCUAAGUGUCUAGGACCAUUUGAUGGAUGGGAAGAUCGUCUUAAAGUUGCAAAAGAAUCUGGUUACAACAUGAUUCACUUAACACCAGUGCAGAAACUUGGUCGGUCUAGAUCAUGUUAUUCAUUGGCUGAUCAGAUGGAAGUAAAUCCUGAUUUUUCAACCCCUGAUAAAAAGUGUUCUUGGAGUGAAAUGGGAAAGCUAGUGGAGAAAAUGAAAAAUGAAUGGAAUAUGCUUUGUAUUACAGAUGUAGUCUACAAUCACACUGCUGCAAAUAGCGAAUGGAUAACUCAGCAUCCAGAAUGUGCAUACAAUCUUGUUAAUUCUCCUCACUUGAAACCAGCCUGGCUUUUGGACAGAGCCCUUUGGCAUUUAACCUGUAAGAUCGCUGGUGGCAAAUGCAGUGAUAAAGGGAUACCUGCACUGAUUGAAAAUGACCAUCAUUUAAAUUGUAUCCGUAAAGUCAUUUGGGAGGAUGUUUACCCCCGGAUAAGGUUAUGGGAAUUCUUCCAAGUAGAUGUUAACAAAGCAGUGCAACAAUUUAAAACCCUUUUAACUCAAGGUGGCUCAAAAGUUAAAACUGAUCCCAAGCAACAUCUUGCCAUCAUUCAGGAUCCAGAAUUUAAGAGACUUGGCUGUACUGUAGAUAUGAAUAUUGCACUGAAUACCUUCAUACCACAUAGCAAUGGGCCUGCUGCAAUUGAAGAGUGUUGUGAUUGGUUCCGCAAGAGAGUUGAAGAACUCAAUAACGAAAAGUUCCGACAAACAAAUUACCACCAAGAGCAGGCAAUCAACUGUGUUUUGGCAACAGUGAAUUAUGAACGACUGGCUGGCCAUGGACCUCAACUAGGUUCUGUAACUAGGAAGUUUCCAUUAGUUACAAGGUACUUUACUUACCCCUUUAAAGAGCUUACCCUGGAGCAGGAGGAAACUAUGAUGCAUCAGCCUGACAAAGCGAGUUAUUUUAUGGCCCAUAAUGGCUGGGUAAUGGGAGAUGAUCCUCUGAGAAAUUUUGCUGAGCCAGGCUCAAAUGUCUACCUGAGAAGAGAGCUUAUUUGCUGGGGUGACAGUGUGAAGCUACGUUAUGGGAAUAAACCCGAAGACUGUCCUUACCUCUGGGCUCACAUGAAAAAAUACACUGAAAUUACUGCUAAAUAUUUCCAUGGAGUACGCCUUGACAACUGUCACUCUACGCCUCUUAAUGUAGCUGAGGAGAUGUUGGCAGCAGCCAGGUCAGUCAGACCUAAUCUUUAUGUGAUAGCUGAACUCUUCACGGGCAGUGAGGUCAUUGACAAUGUCUUUGUCAACCACCUUGGAAUUACCAGUCUCAUUAGAGCCUUGCAUCCUUUCUUUUCUUCGGUUCUGCCUUUUUCCUGUCUGUGGCUUCCUUGGCUGUGCUUUUUGCAGUACAUGAUGGAUGCAGCUAGGAAAUUGCGGCCCAGCUUGUAUAUAGUGGCUGAACUGUUCACUGGAAGUGAGGAGCUGGACAAUAUCUUUGUGAAUAAACUGGGCAUUAGCUCUUUAAUCAGAGAGGCAAUGAGUGCAUACAACAGUCAUGAAGAAGGAAGAUUAGUUUAUCGCUUUGGAGGAGAGCCUGUUGGGUCUUUUGUUCAGCCACGUUUGAGGCCCUUAGUUCCUGCUAUUGCUCAUGCACUCUUCAUGGACAUUACACACGAUAAUGAAUGUCCAAUUCAGCAUCGAUCUGCCUAUGAUGCCCUUCCCAGCUCAACCAUUGUUUCCAUGGCCUGCUGUGCUACAGGAAGCACUAGAGGAUACGAUGAAUUAGUCCCACAUCAGAUUUCUGUGGUCUCUGAAGAGCGAUUCUAUCCCAAGUGGCAACCAGCAGCAACGCCUUCAACUCCUGGGGGUGUUAACUUCAAAACUGGAAUUAUAGCAGGAAGGCUGGCUAUAAAUAGACUGCAUCAAGAGCUUGGAGCUAAAGGUUUUAAUCAGGUAUUCGUAGAUCAAGUUGAUGAGGAUAUUGUGGCUGUAACAAGGCACUGUCCUAACACACAUCAGUCUGUUGUAGCUGUUUCCCGAACAGCCUUCAGAAAUCCCAAAACAUCCUUCUAUAGCCAAGAAGUUCCUCAGAUGUGUAUUCCAGGCAAAAUUGAAGAGGUGGUCCUUGAGGCUAGAACUGUUGAGAGAAAUGCUGGCCCUUAUAAUAAAGAUGAGCACUCAAUCAAUGGAUUGCCUGACUAUACAGUUGAGCUCAGAGAACACAUCCAGCUCAAUGAAAGUAGAAUCAUAAAGCAAGCUUCGAUUGCUACAAAAGGCCCUAAUGAAUUUGUUCAAGAGAUAGAAUUUGAAAAGCUAACACCAGGAAGUGUGAUUAUAUUUAGAGUUAGCCUUGACCCAAAGGCUCAAGAUGCUGUAGGAGUACUUCGUAAUCAUCUGAUCCAGUUCAGUCCUCACUUUAAAUCUGGAAGCCUUCCUGAUGAUGGUUCUGAAGCUAUACUCAGAAAACCCUUUUCCACCAUUGCAUCAAAAUUAACCUUGGCGGACCUAAAUCACGUGUUAUAUCGGUGUGAUGCAGAGGAACAGGAAGAUGGUGGAGGAUGUUAUAACAUACCAACCUGGACAUCACUUAAAUAUGCAGGCCUUCAAGGAAUAAUGUCAGUGAUGGGAGAUAUACGACCAAAGAAUGAUUUGGGCCAUCCUUUCUGUGGAAACUUGAGAUCUGGAGACUGGAUGAUAGAUUAUGUGAGCGAUCGUUUAAUUUCCCGUGCUGGAGCCUGUGCUGAAGUUGGCAAGUGGCUGAAAGCAAUGUUUAUAUACUUGAAGCGGAUUCCUCGUUAUCUCAUUCCAUGUUAUUUUGAUGCCAUAUUAGUUGGUGCAUAUACCACACUUCUUGACCUGGCUUGGAAACAGAUGUCUAGCUUUGUUCAGAAUGGAUCCACAUUUGUUAAACAUCUCUCCUUGGGUUCAGUUCAGAUGUGUGGGAUAGGAAAAUAUCCUGCUUUACCACCUCUGUCUUCUUCCUUACAAGACGUUCCCUAUAGGCUGAAUGAAAUUACAAAAGAGAGAGAACAGUGCUGUGUUUCUUUAGCAGCUGGUCUACCUCAUUUUUCAGCCGGUAUUUUCCGCUGCUGGGGAAGGGACACAUUCAUUGCACUAAGAGGACUGAUGUUAGUUACUGGGCGUUACUUGGAAGCAAGAAAUAUAAUUUUAGCAUUUGCUGGUACACUAAGACAUGGCCUCAUUCCCAACUUGCUUGGCCAGGGGACUCAUGCCAGAUUCAAUUGCCGUGAUGCUGUGUGGUGGUGGCUUCAGUGUAUCCAAGAUUACUGCAAAAUUGUUCCCAAUGGCACUGACAUUCUCAAGUAUCCUGUAUCUAGAAUGUACCCUACAGAUGAUUCCCCUCCUCAGCCAGCAGGCAUAAAGGAUCAGCCACUAUAUGAAGUGAUACAGGAAGCCCUGCAGAGACAUAUGCAAGGCAUACAGUUUCGAGAAAGGAAUGCUGGCCCACAGAUAGAUCGAAAUAUGAGAGAUGAAGGUUUUAAUGUGACUGCAGGUGUGGACAUGGAAACUGGCUUUGUUUAUGGAGGAAAUCGUUUUAAUUGUGGUACGUGGAUGGACAAAAUGGGAGAGAGUGAUCGGGGUCGGAACAAGGGAAUUCCAGCAACACCAAGAGAUGGUUCUGCUGUGGAAAUCGUUGGUUUGUGCAAAUCAACAGUUCACUGGUUACUGGAGCUGUCCAGGAAGAACCUAUUUCCUUAUUCUGGAGUUACUGUGAAAGCGCAUGGGAAAGAAGAGAACAUUACAUAUGAGCAGUGGGACAGAAAAAUCCAAGCAAACUUUGAAAAGCUAUUCUUUGUCUCUGAGAACCCAGGAGAUCCCAAUGAGAAGCAUCCAACGUUGGUUCAUAAGCGGGGCAUCUACAAGGAUAGCUAUGGGGCGUCAAGCCCCUGGUGUGACUAUCAGCUAAGGCCAAAUUUCCCAAUAGCAAUGGUUGUGGCACCUGAAAUGUUCUCACCUGAACGUGCUUGGAAAGCACUUGAAAUGUUAGAGCAAAAACUACUUGGUCCACUUGGCAUGAAAACUUUAGACCCAGAUGAUAUGGUUUACUGUGGUGUGUACGACAAUGCCUUAGACAAUGAUAACUACAAUGUGGCUAAAGGAUUUAAUUACCAUCAAGGGCCUGAAUGGCUUUGGCCCAUUGGAUAUUUCCUCCGUGCCAAAUUGUACUUCUCCAAGUUAAUUGGGCCAGAAAUAUAUGCAAAGACCAUGUUUCUGAUUAAGAACGUUCUUUCUCGACAUUAUGUUCAUCUUGAGAGAUCCCCUUGGAAGGGACUUCCAGAACUGACUAACGAAAAUGGUCAGUAUUGCCCUUUCAGCUGUGAAACCCAGGCCUGGUCAAUUGCUGUCAUUCUUGAGGUUCUCUAUGACUUAUAAAAGUGGUUCAUUGUCUUGCUGCAACUGCUAGCUUUUUCCCUGAACGCAAGUAAUCAUUUGUGUCCUAUAGUCAAAAAAGUCCUGCUUUUAGAAACGGCCUGUGCCUGUACUUUCCAGAAACUUGCAAUAGUGUUCAUGGGUGUCCAUUUGAGAAUCAUGCCAUAUAUGUAAUUGCUAGAAACAUUAAAAAGUGUAAUUAUACUGUA